AGUCAGGCAGCCAUUUUGGAAAAGAAUUGGCAGAACAAAGGGCGAUCUGUGUCGUCAGCCGCGAAAAGAAUUUUCUUUUUUUCCUCAAGUCACUUUAUUCUUUAUUUUAGCCACAUAAAUAGCUAAACUAAGAUGAGGCAGCGAGAAAGCACAAGUUGCUCACCAGCUGGAAGAGAAAGUAGCUGGAAGGAGAGGGCUGGGAGGAGAAAACGCCACCGGAGAGAGUCACACAGCAGUGAACGGGAAAACAAGUACCGUAAACAUCGCCAUCAUCGCAAAAGCAAUGACGGGCAUUACCUGGAGAGCCGGAGUCUGAACGAAAAGCAGGAGACGAAGGUGAGAACCGUGGAUUCGGGGUACGAGAAGGAUAUCCACGUGAGCGUCUCGAGGGAGAAGGAGAGGCAUCGCGUACGCCAGAGGGACCACGACUGGCACCACUACAGCAAAUCAUCAGGAUACAGUGGCCAGAGCAGUCGGCACGGGCGGAGACGCAGCCGAAGCCGCUCUCGUCACCGUCGCUCUCGCUCGAGGAUCCAUCGCAGGAAAAGAUCCAGAAGUGUUGAGGAUGAUGAGGAGGGGCACCUGAUCUAUCACAGUGGAGACAUACUCAGGGCGAGAUAUGAGAUCGUGUGCACGCUAGGAGAGGGUGCUUUUGGGAAAGUAGUCGAGUGCAUCGAUCACACAAAUCAAGGUGCUCGUGUUGCACUGAAGAUCAUUAAAAACAUUGAACGUUAUCGAGAUGCGGCCAUGUCCGAAGUCGAAGUGCUGGAACAUCUGAACUCUCUGGACAAGGAAAGAAAAUACUGUUGUGUGCGUAUGCUUGACUGGUUUGACCACCACGGUCACGUGUGCAUUGUGUUUGAACUGCUUGGAUUGAGCACGUUCGACUUCCUCAAAGAAAACAACUUCCAGCCCUUUCCGAUCGACCAGAUCAGGCACAUGGCCUACCAGAUCAUCAAAGCAGUCAAGUUUAUGCACAGCAACAAGCUGACACACACAGACCUGAAACCAGAGAACAUCUUGUUUGUCGAUUCGGAGUACGACCUCGAGUACAACGGCAAAAUGAAGAGAGAUGAAAGAAUGGUGAAGAACCCAGAUGUGAAAGUGGUCGAUUUUGGGAACGCCACGUACGACCACGAGCAUCACACCACCGUGGUGUCCACACGGCAUUACCGCGCACCUGAAGUCAUUCUGGAGCUGGGUUGGGACCAUUCCUGUGAUAUAUGGAGCCUGGGUUGCAUUCUUAUUGAAUAUUACCUCGGAACAACACUCUUCCAGACCCAUGACAGUAAAGAACAUCUGGCCAUGAUGGAAAGAGUGCUGGGUCCCAUGCCGACACACAUGCUCCAGAAAACAAGGAAACGCCGAUACGUCCAUCGCGACAAACUAGACUGGGACGUGCACUCCUCGUCAGGACGAUACGUUCGGAAACAUUGCAAACCUCUCAAAAACUACAUAACCUCUAAAAGCCUGGCCCACGAAGAGCUGUUUGACCUCCUGGAGAAGAUGUUGGACUAUGAUGUGACCAAGCGGAUUUCGCUGGACGACGCCAUUAAACAUCCUUUCUUUGACGCUCUUAGGAAGGGCCACAAGUGAAACGGACUAGUUUGGUUUUUUUCACUCUCAAUGAGAGGUUGCAAUCAUAUGACUGCAUCAGUCCCACUUAUGUCUAGUACUGUGGUUUUUUUUUUGUUUGUUUUUUUUUGUUCCCCCCCAUUCAGUGUAAUGUGUAAUUUAUAUGAUCUGUAAUUUAUAUGGUAUUUUACAUAAUUGUCAAACAAGGGAGAGCUGAAGAUUUAAGGGGUUGUGGUAAAUCUUAUUUCCUUAUUUGUUGAAUAACAUGCAGCUUUGUUAAUUCAUUGUGUUGAAAUGAGUACGAUUUUGUAAAUACUUUCCGUUUUCAAUAAAAAAUAAAUAAAAUACUA